AUGGAUCGACCAUCACCCGCCACCGUCAUCCACUACCCUCAACAGCAGCAGCAACAACAACCCAGUGUUCCGUCAAUAUCCAACCAGCCUGCUGCUUAUCAACAGUCAUCAUAUAUCAAUCCUUCUCCCGGAUUUCCGACGGGGCCUUCAGUCGGCGGUUUCGGUGCAGGACAGCCGACAUCCAUACUCCCGGAGCAGAUUGCCGGGCCCGCACUCACCCAGUCUCCCCAGCAGAUAGCAACCCGCGAUCUCAAAGCCACGAGGGCCGGCGCAGAAUUCGCCCUACGGGAGUACUUGACCCUGCAAAGGCGGCGCUACCGAACAGAUGAACCGGGCAUAGAGGAGCGCAUCCGCCCGCAGGCCGUGACCGCAAUCAGCGAGUUGAGGACUCUCAGGAAGGAGAUCUCGGUGGUGGCCAAGGCGGCGGAAAACCAUCGAUGGCGAAGGUGGCUGCUGAGUGGUAUUGUCGCUCCGUUCAUUCCCGCGGUGAGAGCCAUCUUCCGCCGCCCUUCUAAAGACGAGGAGUCUUCCAACGAUACCGAGUAUGCUUUCAGGAAGAGCAAGUCGCUCAUCUCCCGCAUCCUGGACUCGGUGCAUGGAAUCAGCGGCUUGGCCAGCAUCACGUUCUUCGUAUUUGCAGUGCUCUAUGUCUUCCAGAAUGAGGUCUCGCUGAGAGUGGCCAGAACAGUGUCCAAGAAACUGAAGCGUCUUAGUGCCAAGGUGGAGCGGGGCGAUGAGGAGAUUGAUGAAAGUGACAUGAAAUUGCUGCGAGGCUGGCGUUGGAGGGUAUUGCUUUGGAGUCAAUGA